ACAAGUCAAGUAAAUUGAAACCGUCUUGUGAUAUUAAACCGUUGUUUAUUGCCAUGGAAAACGCAGAUAAUUCAAUUGUUACUUCAAACAACGAAAGCAAUAAUUCAUUGUUUUCGAACUUAAAUUUAGUAAUAUUUCAAUGUGUUAAAUGUAAUUCCAUCGUGGGUGAUUCUACGUCAUGGGUUUCCGCGACAAAGACUAUUCGUUCCAUAACUUUGGCAGGUGUUUCAAAACAUGUGGGGACUAAAAAAAACCUGAAAAUCUCAGAUAAUGGAGUUGAUAAGGGCAGUACUUUUUAUGAGGUUUACUGCAUGGUAUGUAACACGGUCCUAGGGAAGACCUAUGUGGCGUCUCCACCCGACCUUGACCACAUCCGCGGGGCCUUCACCCUGGCAGCUGAAACACUCAACAGCUAUGAAGUUGGAAGCUCAGAUGUAUCAUUGUCGAUGAAUGCAGAUGUCACAAACAAAGCACUUGAUGAGCGUUUGCAGAAGCUGCAAUAUGUUGUGUGCAUCCUGGAAGAGCGCAUUAAGAAGCUAGAAGGUGUUGUCUGCCCCCAUGACAAUCCCAGCACCUCAGAUUAUAACCAUGUACCGGACCAAAACAUAAAGCUACAAGACAGGGAGAGUGUUACUUCUUCUGAAUCUGCCCUGUGCUCGGACAUUGGACUACGGCAACCCUUAUCUGGCAUGGUUGAACACCAUGAUGACCAUGGUUCCGUUGUUACACGCCAGAACGAUGGGUCUGAUCAGAGUGUUCCUCUGGAAUACUUGCUGGAUGGGAACCGACGGCUUAAGAGGAAAAGGGCUAGAUAAAUAAAACAGGUGUUUAAAAUAAACAAAUGUUAUUGUGACUAUCACACAUUAAUAAAAAUUAUAUUGAGAUAUGGAUGUGUUAUGCAUAAUGUGUGUUAUAAUUUGAAAUAAUGCAUGCUUCAAGCAGCAAAUUUUAAUUCUUUAUUUUGUUGAUUUUUUUGUUGACUCCAACUUAUGUUAAACUUUUAACUACACUUUGUCAAGGUGAGUCAGACUAGAAGUGUUGUACUUGAUUAGAAGUAUUUGAAAAAUUGAACCAGAUUCUUGCCUUCCUCCAUAUGGCUGUGUGCAAAUUUGUAUAGAUAAAAGUUUUUGAAUAUACAUCAUUUAGUGUUUUAGCCAAGUCUUACAAAGGACAGAGUGCUGCAGAAAAGGGAUCAGGUGCUUAGGGAGAAAAAGGCACAUUUUAUCGCGCAAUGAAGAACUUGAACAUAAUGAAUUUGACAGUAUACAUUAAGAAUUGUGGUUAAUUGAAGUUAUAUUAGGUUUCAAUUUCAGAAUAUGUAAAGUCUGUAUGUAUUUUCAAUCAUAUUUUAAGUGUAAAACAAACCAAAAGAAAUAUUCUAUUAGCUCAAGUAUUUAAUUCUAAGAAUUCUGGUCACUGAGAGGGCAGAAUGGUGCUACCAAAAAGGACAGGAUGCAGCACCCUUUAAUAGUUGUUGAGCUAAAACCCUACAUCAAUAACGCUUUCAAUUUUGUCUGUCAACUAUUUUUAGCCUAUUUUUCAAAAGUAUCUCGAGGUACUUAAUAAAUUGUAUGUUGUUUCUUUGAUCAAGUGAACAGUGAUAUUUCAGUCAGAAUUGCGGGAUACAUGUAUAGGUCUCUUUAAUUAUAUAAGUGUUGUUAUUCCAUCACAGAUACACUGUUAUAUAUAUUGUUAAACACUAUAUUCAGGAUUAAACUUAUAUUUAAUCA